GUGACGAAAAGUGGGAGUAAUAAAAUUUUGUAAUUUUAAAAUGUUUGUGACAUAGCGUACUUUAUCUUUUCUUUUAGUUUUAGUAAUAGAGCAGUUUCAUUUUCAUGAAAGGCAGUAUUACCACUUAUCUUAAAUUCAAUUUUCAUUCUUAUCAAUUAAAUGCAAAAAUUUCCUUCAAGUGAAUUGAGUAACAGGUGUACUAGGUUUACAAUAUCUAUUUUUGCGUGGUGGAAUUCAUAUUAAUGCAGUCAUAAAUUUGCAUUUAAUAAGUUAAGAAUUUUCUUACAGGUAGAAUCAUGACAUCUGGAAUUUUUUAUGCUGCUGUAGCCAGGUCUGGCACUAUUCUAGUUAGUAAUCAGAGGACUCCUGGUGAUUAUGAAACUGAAGUUAAUGCUUUUUUACCAAAUAUUCCAGUUGAACGAAAUAUGAAAUCUGGUUAUGUCUCUGGAAUCAUUACAUAUCAUAUUCUUGUUGAAGAUCUGCUAAUUUAUAUUUGUGCAGCUGAAACAGAAUUUGGAAAAAAUAUUCCUUUUGCAUUCUUAAAAGAAAUAAAGACAAGAUUUACAAGUGGAAGUCUUGCUAUAAGAGCUCUUACUGCUACUGAACAUGAAUUUGACAGAGAUUUUAGCUAUAUUUUGAAGGACCAAAUGAUUAAAUACAGUACAGAUGCACCCGUUGAUGGUGUGGGAAGAGUAAAGAAACAAGUUGAAGAAGUUAUGUCUGUAAUGAGUGAUAAUAUUGAGAAAGUUGUUGACCGUGGAGAAAGACUUGAAUCCCUGCUAGACAAGACAAAUGAACUUGAACUCUCAUCAACCCAGUUCAGUGCAACUGCAAAGAAGGUACGGCGCCACAUGUGGUGUAAAAAUUUCCGAAUGUGGUUAAUACUUAUUGGAGUUGCUGCAGUUGUAGUAACUCUUAUAAUAUUAUUAGCCACUAAUGUUAUUCCAGUUAGGAGUUAGUUUAUUGCUACUUAAUCAUUCUGCUCAACAUUUGGUGCAAUAUAUUUUUGCCUUACAUUCCUAGUACUGAUAAAAAUAUAUUUUGAUAUUUCUGCCAUUUAAGAAUGCUGUGAAAAAGUACAAUUUUCUAAUAUUUUUAGAAAAAUUCUGCAGCACAGAAGUAUUCAUUUUCAAUACUUCUCUAUCAACAUAUAUGAAUGUAAGAAUCAUUUAUAGAAUUGUGUGUACAUUGUAAACAGAGCUUAAUCUAUUUAUCUUAUGCUAUUUUAAAGAUUAUAUUGUAAAUUAUGUUUGAUUUAACAUUAACAUGAUCAUACUUUUAAGCUAAAUUUUUAAAUAAUCAAUCUUUUUGUUUGUUUGUUAGUAGUAUUGGAAAAUAAAGAUAGAUCUUUCCUGUUAAAAUUUACACCUGAAAAUCUUUGAUUUAAGAAAAGAGAUAAACAGUAUAAUUUACAUUUUGCUUUGUAAUAUUAACAAUAAUCAGUUUAAAUUGUUAGUAAUAACAGUAAUAAUUCUUGAUUUUUAAGCUAUUCAUACAUUCAAUUUUAGAAAUUAUUGAUUCCAGGCAUGUUUAAAAAGCUCAUAUAAUUGAUAAAAUAGCUGGCAUUUCAUUUUUUAAACUGUCAAAGAAUAAAUGUUGCUUAUAAAAUGAGGAGAGUUAUAUCCUGUUGCAGCUUCCAUGGUAUUUUCAUUAGCUGUUACAGCAUUAUGGCAUUUUGUAAAUUUCAUAACUUUAAAAUUUCUACUUCAGAUUUAUAUGUGAGAGAAAUUUUUUUAAGUCAUUGCACAUGUGAGUCAUUCAAAUAUUUAUUUCUAUAAAUUAUAAUAUACAGAUUCCUGUUAUUAAAAUAUGAUAGUUAAAAUAUAAAUGUUUGCUAAGUGUUAUAAAAUAUUCCACUGCAAAACAUUCCAUAUUUUCUGUAUAGCAAACUAAUAUUUACUUCAUACUGAUAUGUAAUAUUUUCUUAUAAAAUAAAUGUAAUUUAUAAGUCUUUA